AUGCCUGCAGCUAUAAUAACGUUGCCAAGUGUGUGCGGUAAUAUCACAAUUACACGUCAUAUAACAUGGCCGCACACUGAGUUUGAUGCAGCUGGCACGCUGGGUUUCUCCCGAGCAGUCCUUGCAGCCGUGAAUUGGGGUCGGUUCCCAGAGGCAGCGGUCAGGUUUGCAGUCCGCAUGCAGCGCAGCAAGGCGAGGAACCAGCCUGUCGCCUGCCUCCGUGAUUCACGGCAGCGGAGGGAUGGUGGUGGUCAGUGUAGUAUGUUGAUGAUGAUGAACGUCGGUAACGAGACUGAAAAGUUCCUGUGCAGAACUCUGCCGCUUACGCAGGAGUACUGGUUGGCUCGUAAAGAGAACGGAAUUGAUAUUACUUACUUAAACUCACUGUUUUCUCUUUUUAGAUUCAUCUGCAUUUAUCCAGCAUAUUUAAAUAACAAGAAGACAAUAGCAGAAGGAAGAAGGAUUCCGAUAGACAAAGCUGUUGAAAAUCCCACGUCUACAGAAAUCCAAGAUGUAUGUGCAGCAGUUGGAUUCAACGUGCUAUUAGAGAAAAAUAAGAUGUAUCCUAGAGAGUGGAACAGAGACGUGCAGUACAGAGGUAGAGUACGAAUCCAGCUCAAACAAGAUGAUGGCAACCCAUGUUUACCUCAGUUUCCAACACGUAAAUCAGUGAUGCUGUAUGCUGCAGAAACCAUUCCCAAACUGAAAACAAGAACCCAAAAGAUGGGAGGUAGCGAUCAAAGUCUUCAGCAAGGAGAGGGGGGCAAGAAAGGUAAAGGGAAGAAAAAGAAAUGAGCUCACGUCUGGAAUAAUUGUUACAUCACAUAGUUGUACUUGCGACAAAUACGGAUGGACAUGUUACUUGCUCCAGCUUUAAAGUGAAGAGGCAAGCAAGAAAUAAACAGGUGAAACUGAAUAGAACUGCCUGCUUUUCUUGGAAGUGGAAUGCAUGUAGCUGCCUCGCAUCUGUGUAACAAUAAAUCUGUCUUCACACA